UAUAAUUUUUUUUUAAUAUAUAUUAAGAAAAUAUAUUAAUAUAAUUUAAAGUUGAUAAAUUCUAUCUUUUUUUACUGGACACAUAAAUUGGAUUUCUGUUUGUUUUUCCCAUAGCCUUAAUUGUUUCAUUCAGAUGUUGAUCAAUCUAAGCAUAUCACCUAUACACCUGUUUGGCAUUAGAUAUGCUUCUGUUCGCCAAUUGAGAAAUUACUCUCUUUCUUUUAGACAAAGAAAUUUUCUCUGUUUUGAAAGUUCUUUAAGGCAAGCCCCUUAUUUCUGUAGUCUUUAGUGUGGCUUUUCUUAUCCCUCCGAGCAGGGGAGGCCUUCUCUCCUUUCCCGGUAGUGAGUUUGCUCUUCCCUCUAUCGAGUGGGUUAUAGAUAUUUUUUUAUUUUAUUUGCUUUUGUUUCUCUUCUGAUUUAUAAGCUAAACGUGAGAGAGCUUUUUUGUUUUAGAUCUAUUGUCUGUUAGUUGUCGUUGUGCUGUGGCUUUUCUUGUUUGCAAGUCGUCUGUUGACUUGCAUGCACUCAAUCUGCAACACUUAUGACAUCUAAAGAGGAUUUAGUUGACUCUUAAAUCUUAUUAAAUGGCUAAAUAAGCUUUUUGCCCAUUUCCUUCUGUCUUUGCGUUUGUUAGGAGCAGAUUAUAUUUUCUAUGUAUUUUAUUAUUUGGCAUAUUUAGAAAGGUCUAUUUUUUUUUGUUGAAAUAUUUAUAAAGCUCUAUAUGAUUGCAUCUUUAACCAUGUUUGUCGACAUAUGUCCGGUGCAGAUAUUAAAGCUUCUGAAGAUCAUCAAGGGGUCCACAUCAAGCUAUUCAAAAUUGGCUAGGGUGAAAGUGGACUUCACUUGUACUAUGAUUACAAAUUAAGUGAAUGCACAAUAAAAGCUAAUUAUUGAUAGAGAGGAAAUGGCAAAGAAAGCGACAAAGGUGUAAACGAUCGUUAGCCUGAAGGUCCUCUACCUUUUGGUCAGAGGACGUCGUCAGGCUUUGUGAAUGUUUUGAUUUCGGGUUUUCUAACUGAUUUUUUUAGUUUUUUAGUCUAUUUGGUUUAGAUCUGUGGUGGAUUGUAUUGUCGGUAUUUGUGUUUUUCUUUCGGAUAUUAUGCCAUGGAUUGAUCUUCAGAUUGUGGUAAUGAACACAAAUGACCAUGUGACUGGUUGCACGAUGGACAAUUUAUAGGUUGCUGUCCGCUUUGGUGGUUGCAUCUGAGAUCCAGAAAAUAGGGUUUACAAAGUGUUCUCUAAGCUUAGCUUGAGAGGAGAGUGUUCCUUCCCUUUUAUCAUUUUCUUUUGUCUGUCAGUGACGUGUAACGGUCUUACCGCCAUUGGGCCACCUGUCCCUGCCAUUCUGAUACGGUCGUACGAGAAUAUCAGAUAUUCUGCUUCAUGCGUAACGGCCACUUAAUUCUCAUCUGGCGCGCAUGCGGAGGGUCCCACCAGAUGGGUGGGCUGGCCACCUUCCUUCUUCUGGGCUGGGCUGGAAGAUGAGAUUAAGGUUGAGCUUAGAGGAGGUCUGAUCAUUGGGCCGGAAUAGGCAGGGCCAGCCUGAUUGAAAAAUCUAAAUGGGGUCCGGUCUUAAGACUGAGCGAGCUGGACCUGACUCACACGGGAGACUUAGAAGCCUUCAGGUCAUGGGCUGUCAUCGUGGGCCUGGCCUUAGACCGGGAUAGUGAAAUCCAGCGGUCAUCAAUUGCCCCUUUACCUUCUCAUCAGUUAUUGCCCGAAUGAUGAGGUAGUAAAUACCGAGAAUCAUUAUGACCGCGCCGCCUAAAUACAGCUUGCCUCAGAACAUCUUUUCACCUUAUUGUCAUUUCGAAUUUCGAAUUCUCUCCGUCUUCUCCAAGUUCUUGCUUUCCUCUGUUCUUCGUGCGCACUGCUAUCUUCGUCUCCCUGUCUUUAUUUCAAGGUACGCUUCUCUCUUCACCAUGGAAGGCUCAAAGCUUCCUGAAGUUUUUAAUCUAGAGUCUAGUAUCACCCCUUCCAAUCUGACAAAUUUCUUCUCCCGAAAAUAUUUGGACACCCCUCUUUACCGUAUCCGAGCUCCUUACCGGAAUGAGAGGAUCGUUCUUCCCGAUCCUCCCCCUCCCGGUUUGAUAGACCCACAGAAAGACCUUAGCCUAGUCUUUUUUAUUAAACAACGAGACUAUGGCUUAACUUUUCCUUUCACUCCCUUCUUCACCGAGGCCUUCCAAUACUUCAGGAAAAUCCCCCGAAUGUUAUCUCCCAACUCCAUUUUAUUUAUGUGUUCUUUCGAGUCCAUUUGUCUGAGCUGGGGGUUUGCGCCCACGGCGUGUCUGUUCGUGACCUUUUUCCGUCUCGUCCGGGCAAGUCAGUGCUUCUACUACUUUGCCCCCCGUGGUGGCUUAUCCAUUUUCACGGGCUAUAAGGACUCAAUAAAAGGCUGGGUAGAGGGCUUUGUUGUGGUGGAGUUGAAAGAAGACCUCGGUUUGUCCUGGGGGGUAGAAUUCGACUGGGAAGACGUCUCGUUGGGUUGCAACGACCUGCCCCAGUUGAGCCUUACCGAGCAGGUAGGGUUUGUUCGACUGACUUCUGUCGAAAAGAAAUAUGAUGUCGAGAAGUGUAUGUUUGUGUCCAGUCUCCAGGAUAUCCAGGAUGCGGGUACUCUAUUUCAUUUACCCGUUUUGCUUUAUUUUUGUGAUUUUUGUUGAGGAUUGCUCUAACUUGCCAUGAUUUUGGAUCUUUGCAGCUUCUGAGGUGAAAAUGGACCAAAUCAAGCCUCCCAAGAAUCUUAUAUUGUCCCGGGAGAGCAUGAACGCUGCUCUGGAUGCCCUCCUGACUGGGCAAUCCGUGGGGGAGGCUACUCAAAGGGUGGCCGAAGUCAUUUCUUCCAGGUCGGCUACCCAACCUCCUCCUCCUCCGGUCUCCUCUCGGGCUCCCAGACCGAGCUCCCGACAUAGCAAGUCGUCCUGGCCAUCCAGCCGCAGCAGAUCAAGCUUGGCUCCUCAGCAUUCCCAAGCCCCUCGGUCUCGAUGGACUUCUAAUGAAGGGACGGAGGAGGCUCCAGGGAUCAUCUCUAGUCCGGUUGAGGGCACUGAGCUGACGAGGACAGAUCCUGUCCUUCCUUCUGAGGGUAUUCCGGAGGUGAGGCUUGAGACCUCCGCCGCUGAGGAGAGGGCUCCAGAAGAAGGAAUGGAGGUCAUCCCGGCGGCCGAAGGUGUCCAGGAGGCCCCUCUUGGGGUUGUCCCUGCUUCUGAUGGAAUGGGGCCCGGACCCACUGAUGGUGGAGGUGUCGCAAAGAAGGUCGGGGGCAAGUGUCCUGCUUCAGUCGAAGUGCCUGCCCCAGUUCUCGUCCCUAAGAAGUCUCGGGCUUCCAGGAGACCGGCUCCAGCUCUUCCCCCUCUCGAGAAGAAGAAAGAGGCUCCCGUGGUGCCCCUGUUGUCUGCUCCUGACAACGACAUUCUGAACGCGGAGGAUAUUACUCAUCAAACUCCAACAAGCGUUGUAGCGGAGAUCUUGCGGGAGCGGAUGUUCGGUGGGAUCACGGAGGCUUCGGACCCUCGUUUGCUUGCUCUGACUGGCCUUUUGGCUGGUUUUACUCGAGAGCAAGCAGUGUUUCGGUCUCGACCUCGAGGGGAGCUCGGAGAUAGAAUCAGGGAGAUGCUCCUGAUGGUAAGUUGUCCCUUUUGUUUUCGUUUUGGCUUUCUUUGUUUCUUUGUUUUAACGGUUUUUUCUUUGUGCUAGGUGAUGGGCCUCUUUAUGGAGGUUGACGCUCGUGACCACUCUCUCCGGGAGUCCGUAGAUCGCCGGAUUGAAGAGGCACGCCUGGAGGAGAACCUUUCUGCAACCAGCGACGCCAGGGGCAAUCUCGCGGCUGCCCGAGAGCAUUCCAGGUCCCUCCAGAUAGAACUUCAUACUGCGCGGGAGGCCCUCAAGAGGGCUGAUGGGAGGACAGCUGAGGCAGAAGAUCAGCGCGACGAGGCUUUGAAGCAGCUGUCCUCCUUGGAGGAGAUCCGGCGAGAGAGGGAUGAGGCCUUGAGCCAGAAGGAUGAGGCCCGGCACCAGCACGAGCUAUUGAAGGCAGAUUUUGAUGCUGUGCUGGCGCAGAAAGAAGAAGCCUUGGCCCGGGUGGUAGCAAG